UCAGACGUGUAUCUCUGCGUCUACCAGGAAGUUUAAGAACAAAACACCAGAACAGCCGAGGAACGACAAUGAGUGACAGCCCCACAAACAAUCGCCGACCACUUCUUAUUACAUGUGGUUAAGUUACUAAUGAAUUUAACAGAGGAUGUCGUCCAGUUCAACGUUAGAUUUGGAAUAUCAGCAGCAGAGUCCUGUGAUGGACAGUCAAACCGGCACCAUCUCUAUCGACCAUGGGGGAGAGUGGGACAUUAGCUUGUUCGAUGAGUUGGACAACCUGGGAGAUGCAGAUGAGCUGCUUGAAGCACUGGAGCAUGCAGGAUAUGCCAGUGAAGGUCCAGACCUGGACUUUGAUAUUGACAUACCCCCAUGGAACCAGGUGGAUGGAAGCAGCACCUGUACAGAUGGUGAAGUGAGUGUGGACUCUCUCUCUCCUGCCCACACUCUGAGCUCUGUCUCCUCUCCUGUGUCCAUGGAAGCCAUGUCCCCGUACUCCUUACCGGAUGAGGCCCUGUCUCCACAGUCACAGGUCUCUCUUGUGUCGGUUUCGUCUGUGUCCAGUGGUUUUUCUGAAACCACUACCCCAACUAAGAAAACCCAGAAGAGGACCAACCAGGCUGGACGAGUCAAAACGUCUCAGCCAGUCAAAAGGCCGAUCCAGUUUGGACCCAAGGUUUCCAUUCAGCCCAAACCAGUGAUUACUGCUGUGCCCUUGGCCCACACAGCAGCUCCCCUGCAGGCCAAGACCAUCAUCAUCCAGCCUCUGCAGACUACUGUGCUGCCUGUGGUUAAACCAGCUCCAGUCAGCAUCCAACCAGCGCCCCCUGGAGGUCAUCCCAUAUUGCUGUCUCAGCCGAGCCAGGUGCUGCAGAUCCAGACAUCUCAGGCCCUCACCAGCAAUGUGGUUGCCAUGCCAACACUAAGCCAGGACAGGCCCGUCCCGGUUGCAGCUCCACCAGUAGUCUCAGUUGCACUUCGUACCCCUUCGUCAGAUGAUGAUUCAAAGUUGUCCCAGAGGCAGCAGCGAAUGAUAAAGAACCGCGAGUCAGCAUCCCUGUCACGGAAGAAGAAGAAAGAGUAUCUGCUCUCGCUUGAGGCGCGGCUGAAGAUGGCGUUGACUGAGAAUGAGGCGCUCAAGAAUGAGAAUGGCAACCUGAAGAGGCAGCUGGAGGGUCUGCUGAGUCAAAAUACAGUCCUAAAGGCAACGGCCCCCAAGAGGAGAGCUGUGUGUCUCAUGGUGGUCUUGGUGUUCCUCAUGCUGAAUGUUGGACCCCUGAGUGUCUUCCAGGGUGGCCCGGGCUCCAAGCUUGAGGUGGUUUCCACACAGCACAGCGGCAGACACCUGUUGGGUGUCUCCCUAGAGACUGAAACUGAAGGUUUCAGGGGCACAGAGUCUCUCGGCAGUGGCCCCACUGAGACAGCAGACAGCUCUGAGGACAAAGCCUUGAUGGUGGUGAAGGAUCAUGUCAUUCUUAGACCACCUCCCCCCUGCCAGCCUCCUGUUAACAGGACCAAGUGCAUUGAGUUGGCCCAUGCGUUGAGGGGUUGGGUCCACCGUCAUGAAGUGCAGCAGACCAAAUCCAGGCGCAUGAGUAACAGCAAUCACAAACCCACCAGGACCAUUCUGAAAACAACAAAUAUAGAGGCUGACAGUUCCCAGAUUGUGACAGUCCAUUACACAAAAACUACUGAGGAAAAGAAUCCAGGCAGUGAGCUGCAGGUGUACUACGCACCUCCUCAUACCUCCAGUGACUUUUUUGAUGAGAUCCAUCGUCGUGGAGACACUUUCUACGUGGUGUCUUUCCGUAGGGACCAUCUCCUGCUUCCUGCAACCAACCACAACAAAGGAAGUCGACCCAAGGUGUCUGUGCUGUUGCCAGCUAUGAACAUAAAUGAGAGCAUCAUCCGAGACAAAGAGUUUGAGGUGAUGAUGCAGAUCGACUGUGAAGUAACCGACACCAGGAUCCUCCACAUCAGGUCUUCCACCAUCCCGCCUUUGCUCCGGGUCAACCACACGGACACCUUUUAUCAGCACUCGCCCACAGACAACCAGGCCACACCUCCCAUCAGCGUGGUCAUGGGCUCUGCUUAAGAUCACCGUCAGCACCUGCAUUUUAUGUCCCACCUUGACAAAAGAAAACCUUUAUGGAAACCAGAGAACACGCAUCACUGAAAGCGUGGGUACACAACUUCACCUUCAGACAGUGUCGAUGGAAAUUCACUCAUUUGUAUAAAAGUCCAGAUUAUCAACCGUCAUUAGGGUCCAAGCGUGUGAUAGCUCCUUUUGCUCCAAAUCCUCCUUCUGUCUGUAUCUCCAGACAUCUAAUAUAAGGCUAAUUUAGCAGCAGGAGGCUGAGCGUUUACUCCUGAAUCACCGGCCGUGACACAAACACUUUAUUCCAAAUCUAGUGUCUGAAUUUAGGUUCUUACUUUCUAGACCAGGGGUGUCAGACUCAUUGUAGUUCUGGGGCCACAUACAGCCCAGUAUGUUCUCAAGUGGACUGGACCAGUAAAAUAACAACAGC